GUUGCAGCCAGUCGCUGUUUACGCCAACUUCACAUGAAAAACUACGUUACCCAGAAUGCAUUAUAGCAAGUCCACCUUUAGCCAAGCAUUUGUCUUCCUCGUAGAUGCAGUGCACUGUAGCCAACCAAGUGAAAAGCCGUUUUAAGGUUCAUCUUUGAAUUUAAUAAUGGGCAAUACAACAUCGAGGAGGAGUUCGAAUCGAAUCGCAAUGGAGCCCAAAAAGACCACCGUGUUCAAACAGGAGCAGACGCGUGGCAUAACAUACAGGAUCCCGGCUCUCAUCUACCUCAGAGAAGCUAAAACAUAUCUAGCCUUUGCGGAGAAGCGCUCAACCCCGCGUGACAGCGACGCCAAGCUCAUAGUGAUGCGGAAGGGAACGCUGUUAAAUGGUUCUAUUCAGUGGUCAUCCCCACAGGAACUAUCUUCUGCAGGUCUGCCAGAUCAUCGCACCAUGAACCCCUGCCCCGUGUACGAGAGGAUUUCCAAAACCCUUUUCCUCUUCUUCAUCUGCGUUAAGGGCGACGCAACCGAGCACCAUCAGAUCGUAACGGGCAAGAACGCGGCCAGGCUGUGUUACGUUUCUAGCAAAGACGACGGUAUGACUUGGAGCAAGGCGAAGGACCUGACCGACAGCGUGAUCGGCAAGAAGGUCCGAAACUGGGCCACCUUCGCCGUCGGGCCCGGGCACGGCGUCCAGACGGAGGGCGGGCGGCUCGUCGUCCCCGCCUACGUCUACUACAUCCACUGCAAGUGCGCCUGCCUCCCCUUCCCCUGCUCCGUCAAGCCUCACGCCCUCACCUUCUACAGCGACGACCGCGGGGACACGUGGAACGUUGGGCGCAUCGUCCAGCGGAAGUCCUGCGAGUGCCAAAUGGCCGAGAUCAUCGACCGCGACGGCCGGAGCCACCUGUACUGCAACGCCCGCAACACCGGCGGCCACAGGGUGGAGGCGCUGAGCGAGACCAGCGGGAGCGCCUUCGACAGGCCCUGCCUGGCGCCGAGGCUGGUGGAGCAGCGCUCCGGCGGUUGCCAGGGAAGCGUGAUCGGCUUCCCCGUGCCCGAGUCCCUCGCGGAGGACCAGGUCGGGGCGAACAGGGACGACAUCAACCUGCCGUACUCCUCGGACGCGCAGACCUGGCUGCUGUUCUCGCACCCGACCAGCAGGGGGAAGCGGAGCGACCUGGGCGUGUACCUCAACAGGUCCCCGCUGCACACGCUGGGCUGGGAGAAGCCGUGGAUCAUCAACCACGGCCCCAGCGGCUACUCCGACCUGGCCCACUGCGAGGGGGAGCAGUUCGCUUGCCUCGUGGAGUGCGGGAAGGAGAGUGAACUUGAGGAGAUAGCCCUUGUGGAUUUCCACCUCAGCGACGUCUUGGAUGCAAUAAACGGGAAGCUACAUUCACCCUAGGUUCUCGUAGUAGCACUUAAAAUUAAAAAUAGGUACACUGUUUUGCCUAUCCCUCGGCCAGUAAAUGCAUGCGGAUAGUAAAAUGGUGCCCCCAACCUCCCCCCUUUUUGAAUUUUCAUUUACUGCCUUAUUACUGUUAGCACAACAUGCUGUAUUUCUGAAAAAAGCUUAAGAAUGACCCUUUCAGUAUGCUGUCUGUAAUUUCUAGAAAAUUAUCUAUAAACUCUUGUUUUCAGUUUACAGAAUGUGUGUUGUAUACUGUAUGUACGUUAACAUUCAAUAAGUUUUUGAGGAUGAAUGCCAAAUUAAAGGCGAUUGUGAUCAGAGCAGUUCCAUUCAAAGCACUGUAGCAUCUGGAACACUGAAUUUAUGAUUGCAGCCAAAAAUGAACAUGAAAGAAAAAAAUGUAAUCCAUUUUCAGAACGGCAUCAUUGCUCCCUAGACUCCAGUUUGUACUUUGGAUAUGGUUUUAAAAUCACAAAGGGGCUGUCUGUGAUGCAUGUGUCAGUUGUCAAAGGACACUGCUGAUCCAUUGUACUCUGUGCCAAAAUAAAUUAAUUUUGUGUAAUUGUAUGAAA